AUGUCCUUCAAGGAUACUUUGAUCGAAGAGGAUGGCUUCGGAUUUGUGCCAAGGCCACGUGGUACGGUAUCGUCAAAAUUAAGCGAGAUUGUCAGAAGAUAUACUCUGACAAAUAAAAACAAGGGAAUUGUUCGUUUGAUAUCUUGGGGUGCUAGCAUUCAGUCGAUCAAAAUUCCCAAUCGAGAUGGAAAACUGGCUGAUGUUGUUUUAGGAUUUGAUGAUAUGGAUGGAUAUCUGAAGAACAGAUAUAUGGGAAGCAUCAUCGGCCGCGUUGCCGAUCACAUUCCGAUGCAUCUCAGCAACAUGAUUUAUCCUUCGACAAUUGGCGACGAGACUAAAAACGAUCAUCUUAAUGACGGCAUGGUCGCGUUCGACAAUGUUAAUUGGCAUUCGCAGAUAGUGAACAAUCGAGUGGUGAUGUCGCAUUUGAGUCGAGCCGAUAGCGAGGGCUAUCCCGGUGACGUGUUAACGCAAGUUAAGUACACCUGGACGGACGAUAAUCAGCUUCACAUUAAUAUUCGCGCGACCAGCACAAAAUCUACCCGCAUCAAUGUCACUAAUUACUGUUUAUUCAAUCUCGCUGGACACGGCACCGGUUCGAAGGAAUUGAAAAAACAUCUUUUCAUCGUCAAUGCCGACAGCUGGAUUUUCAUGAACGUUAAGAAUCACUUGCCAAUCGGUAUUAUAUCUCCGGUCGAUUGUACACCCUUCGAACUGCGUUUACCAGUUCAGUUGAAUCAACGUCGAUUAUUCGACAUACCGGGUGGCGGUUACAAUCACAAUUUGUGCAUUAAUAGUCCCAGUUGCUGGUGUUACCGUUUUCACGCACGAAUACUGCAUCCCACUUCCGGACGAUUUCUGGAAGUCUACUCGAAUCAUCCUGGCUUGCGAGUCUAUACGGGCAAUAAGUUGCCGGAUUCCGAAUGCGUUUAUCCUCCUGAUUUGAAGGAUCACGAAUGGGGAGGCUGCCAGGAAGCGCAAAUUAAUUCUUUAGAAUUGGUAAGAUUGUGUCACACGAAGAAAGUCGCGAAGACAGAAGCGAUGGAGAUUUAUGGUAAGGAGGGUAUUCCUUAUCGCCGCCAUGGCGGCUUUGCUUUAUCGCCCCAAAAUUAUCCUAACGCUGUUAAUGUCAAGUAUUUUCCAUCCUGCAUGCUGUAUCCCGGAAAGAUCUACGUGCACGACAUGACUUACAAGUUCGGGGUGCUUUCCAAAGAUUGA